CUAGGAUCGACUUUAUCAGUGUUAUGGAAAUUGUUGGGUUUCAUAGUUUAUAUCACAGUCUAACUUGCGUGAUAUCACUAUUAACAACCAGAAAACAUUAAACAACUUUUCUGGGAAUGCACACCCAUUAGGAACCAAAUCGGUGAUUUGCAAAACUUAUGAGAAGAGUUAAAAUUCUACACUAUCGAGUCGAUAAUCGAUUGUUUACAUUUCUCACUUCCAUUAAUUCUAGAUAUUUUGUACAACUGUCAUUCAUAGCUACUGAUAAUAUUUAUCACACAUCUGAUAUGGUUGAAUGUUACAUGUUUAUGCGUAAAUCAGUAUUAUUUAAACCACAAGUUUAUAACUUGAAUAUCUUAAAUUUACUGUGUGAGGACUUGUCUCUUCAACAACAGCAUGCCUCGGUUUGUGAUCUUAUAGAAGGCAAUCAAGGUUACAAUAGAAUCGGUCACAUCUCAGAAUCACAUAAACUUUAAAUGUUUUAACAAUGAAAAUAUUCGUAAUAUUCCAAUGAAGUCUAUUACCUCAUGUUAUAACUCAGAGUAGCAUAUAUUCAUCUCACC